GAAAUGAUCAAGGAUCAAGUGCGUACACAAACUUACAGAAAUGCAAUUUUUCGGAAUAGAGAUCGUAUUGCCGGAAAAGUUGUAGUUGAUGUUGGUUGUGGCACUGGCAUUCUCUCUAUAUUUUGUGCUCAGGCUGGAGCCAGGCGGGUGUAUGCAGUGGAUGCCAGUGAUAUCGCAAUUCAGGCAAAUGAAGUAGUCAAGGCGAACAACUUAUCUGACAAAAUCAUCGUGUUGCAUGGGCGGGUUGAGGAUGUUGAAAUUGAUGACAAAGUUGAUGUUAUAGUUUCUGAAUGGAUGGGCUACAUGCUUCUUUAUGAGAGCAUGCUGGGGAGUGUUAUUAUCGCUAGAGACCGGUGGUUGAAACCUGGAGGUCUUAUCCUUCCAUCAUUUGCCACGUUGUAUAUGGCACCUAUCUCUCACCCGGACCGGUAUAAAGAAAGCAUUGAUUUCUGGCGCAAUGUCUAUGGAAUUGAUAUGUCUGCUGUGAUGCCGUUAGCAAAGCAGUGUGCAUUUGAAGAGCCUUCAGUUGAGACAAUCAAUGGUGAGAAUGUACUGACGUGGCCUCAUGUGGUAAAGCAUGUUGACUGUUUUACCGUUACAAUUCAAGAGCUGGAGUCUGUUUCAACAACAUUUAAGUUUAGAUCAAUGAUGCGAGCACCAUUUCAUGGGUUUGCGUUCUGGUUUGAUGUGCAAUUUAGUGCGCCUGCAUUAUUGAGUUUCAGCAACAAUCCACAAGCCUCAUACUUUGGGACUCUAGAGAAUGUUAUAGAUACCAGUCAAAGUAAGAAGCGAGCUAAUCCCAGUGAAGCCCUUGUGCUCUCUACAGCACCAGAGGACCCUCCAACACAUUGGCAACAGACAUUAAUCUACUUCUAUGAUCCAAUAGACGUGGAGCAAGAUCAGCUUAUUGAAGGUUCUGUAACACUUUCGCAAAGCAAAGAAAAUCCUCGUUUCAUGAACAUCCAGCUAGAGUAUGCAUCUGGUGGUCGUUCUUUUGUCAAACAAUCAGUAAUGCGAUAAAUCAGGCAGCAUUUCUUUUAGCUCACCUUCAAAGCCUGAACUACGAAGCUUAGUGACUGAACUGGAUCGGCACGGCAUCUGUUCAACAUGAGUUUUUCACCUGUUACGCUCCUUGAUCCAUUCUGAAGGCAGCUUCAGAAUGUGAAUUUAUUCAACAGGCUCCCCUCAAUGCAUGUCCCUGGCCUGGGAAAUGCACUCUAAUGACCAAAAUAGGUACGAGGAUAGAAUAGCUCGUUUGAACAAAGACGAAACCUGCCGAAGUUAGUAAAUCAUGGCCGACAGCCUGGGCUGUAUUCUUGCAGAAAAUGUUUUAGGGGCAACAGAAUGUGAUGUAGUGGUUAUUGAUGAUCCUAUCCAUUGUCGUUAUUUUGAUGCCUGGAUCUUUUAUGCAUACAAUUGCCUUUGAGUUGAUAAGUCGAUUUUUGUUUCUAUU